AUGAAUGAUCAUCUAUAAAGAAUACAUAAUGACACCAUUAAUAGUGCUUACGUCUCUUUUGCUAAACGAUACAAACCUAGAAAUGCCUCUCUUGCUUAAUAGCAUGAUAUUAAUAACAAUCCAAUAUAAAUUUAACCUUCUAAGAAAAGAGUUAAACCUCGAUAUUUAACACCAACCAGAAAUAUUUAAUCUUUCCAAGAUCGUAUUAUUGCUUUACCUGUUAUAUCUUCAAGUCCAAAAAGUAAAUAUUAUGUUUCUAACUUAUUCACUCCUUCUGAUUGUAAAAAAAAGGAUCCAUACUUUAAGGAUUGGAAUUAAAAAUUUGAUCAUUUACUUUGUGGAACCCUUCGUAAAUUCAACCUAAACUAAGAGUAAAAAUUAUUUAAUUAAUCAUUUACAUAAGAGGAACAACUCUAAAUGAUUAAAGUAUUCAAAGAAAAACCACCUUAUUAAUUUUCAAAAAAAAAUAAAUAGCGAUCUCAAAAAAACAAGGAUCUUGAUGAAGAUUUUGCAAUACAUGAUAUAUCUUAAUAUUUUUAUAAACUCUAAGAUUGA